CCACCGCUCAACCAGCCACUGAUUAACCAGCCACCGCUCAACCAGCCACUGAUUAACCAGCCACUGCUCAACCAGCCACCGCUCAACCAGCCACUGCUCAACCAGCCACUGCUCAACCAGCCACUGCUCAACCAGCCACUGAUUAACCAGCCACUGAUUAACCAGCCACUGCUCAACCAGCCACUGCUCAACCAGCCACUGCUCAACCAGCCACUGAUUAACCAGCCACCGCUCAACCAGCCACUGCUCAACCAGCCACUGAUUAACCAGCCACCGCUCAACCAGCCACUGCUCAACCAGCCACUGCUCAACCAGCCACUGCUCAACCAGCCACUGCUCAACCAGCCACUGAUUAACCAGCCACUGAUUAACCAGCCACUGCUCAACCAGCCACUGAUUAACCAGCCACCGCUCAACCAGUCACUGCUCAACCAGCCACCGCUCAACCAGCCACCGCUCAACCAGCCACCGCUCAACCAGGCACCCCUAAACCAGCCACCACUCAACCAGCCACCGCUCACCCAGCCACUGCUCAACCAGCCACCGCUCAACCAGCCACCGCUCAACCAGCCACCGCUCAACAGCCUCCGCUCAACCAGCCACCACUCAACCAGCCAGUCUAAGUGGAUAA